AUGGAGCUGAGCUACGCCAUAAAUGAACUCUGCAAGGCCCAGGGCAAGUGUUCAUUUCGCCAAUAUUAUCAACUGAUGCGCGAGUACGAUGGUGAUGAGGAAGUCCCUUCCAUUCGUCUGUCGUCGUUGAAUUCCUUUGAAGUCGAGCAUAUACUGUCCCUCUCGCCUGCCAAGAACGAUCAGGGUUUGAAUUCUUUCCCUAUUGUUCCCGUGCCGGAGAUAUUGGUCAAAAGUCUCGCUAUGACUGACGGUGCUUUGAGGAAUGAAACAAGCGUAGAAGCGAAUAUACGCUGGAGGAUGAAUUACUUCAUUCUAUUGGCGUUCAAUAUAGCAGUGGAAUCACGUUCUGAAGAUGGAAGACUGCUAGAGAUCACGCAUGAGCCUAGAUGGUCAUUCGGGCCCGUUAAAUACAAGGGCGAGGCCGUUAAGUUAUCAGGAUACCCAUCUUAUGCCCUAUGGUACGGAGACGAAGACGAAGCCGCUUCGAAUAUUAUCGUGGCCCAAAAUCAGAGGUUUAGGGCGUCCGAAAAGGGAAUUCCAGAAGUACUAGGAUAUUUAGCUUUCAUUUAUUACCAUCGCAAAAAUGCAAACAAGGAAAAUUGUCCGUUAUAUGGGGUUGCAACAGACUCGCGAGUCUUUCACUUUGUUAGACUAAAUGAUGACUCCUCGUUUGUCACCUCAACACUCGAUUCUCAGGCGGAUCUAGAAAAAACCUUCAGUUUAUUGGUUUAUGUAUUGAAGGAGGCCAUGAUUGUGCCAUCGACACAACCGCAAGAGCCAUCCACGCAAUUCGAUCGAGCUCAACAAUCUGCCGAGUCACUCAUCCCGGCUGGGUCUUCUCUUAGACGAAAGUUGGACAGGAGAAUACAUUAUCAGAGGCUGAAAGAGGCUGCAAAUGACUCGGAUAAGCCCCUUGAGUUCGACUCAAUCGAUGAUGAGUAUAUCUGGCAAGACUUUUCUGGAGGUGAGAGCUCUUCAGAUGAAUACUUCGAUGGUGAAUAA